UUAACCCGGAAGUGAGGGUAAGCUUCUCCCUCCACGUGGGAAGAGUCUGAUCUGUGUGUUGUUAUCGUGGGAACUUUCGGCGAAGGGUUUGAACUUUUAACGGGUUGCAGUUAUGAGUGCCGGGGCGUCUGCGGCGAUCGGCGAAACGGAGGCACCGGCAGGAAGGCUUUGUUUGUCGGAUAGCGAGAAUGAGGACGCUUGGGAGGAGGAGGAGGAGGAGGAUGGUGCCGACGAUACCAGCGCCGGAAUGGAGGGACCUUCGCAGAGCACUCCCUGCCUUUUCUGCGACAGAUUUUUCAGUUCAGCUGAAGAUAGUUUUUGCCAUUGUACCUCAGACCACGGAUUCAAUAUUGAAAUGAUGGUUCAAAAACAUAGGCUUGACUUCUAUGGCUACAUUAAGCUAGUAAAUUUUAUUAGGUUGCAGAAGCCAGAUGCAGAGUAUGUAAAUUCUCUUAGACCUCCGUUUCCUUGGAAUGAAGAUAACUAUUUGAAGCCUGCAAUAGAAAAUGACUUAUUACUACAGUUUGAUGUAGAGGACCUUCUUGAUUCUCCUAGUAUUUCUUGUCCUAAUGGAGUAUCUGAGGCGUCAUCUCUUCUUGAAUGCUUGAAAAAUGCUGAGCACAGAACUGAAUUGGCAGAAGCUGCUUUGGCCAGAGCCCAAGAUGAUCUACAGAAAAUGAGGCAAUUUGCGCAGGAUUUGGUGAUGAACACAGAAAUCGGAAGUAGCUCAUCUCCCAGCACGACUGGGAACUUAAAGGAGGAUGAGGAAGACGUUUACUUCAGCUCAUACGGGCACUUUGGGAUCCAUGAAGAAAUGCUAAAGGAUAAAGUGCGUACUGAAAGCUAUCGUGACUUCAUUUAUCUAAACCCGCACAUCUUUAGAGAUAAGAUUGUCCUAGAUGUUGGAUGUGGCACUGGAAUCCUUUCCAUGUUUGCUGCCAAAGCGGGUGCAAAAAAGGUGAUAGGAGUAGAUCAAUCUGAAAUCAUUUAUCAAGCCAUGGACAUCAUUAGGCUCAAUGGACUUGAAGACAGUAUUUAUUUGAUCAAAGGAAGAAUUGAAGAAGUUGAUAUACCUGUUGAAAAAGUUGAUGUUAUCAUAUCUGAAUGGAUGGGCUAUUUCCUCCUCUUCGAAUCUAUGCUGGAUUCAGUCAUUUAUGCAAGGGACAAAUAUCUGGCCAAAGGAGGCUCAGUGUAUCCUGACUCCUGUACCAUUAGCCUGGUGGCUGUAAGUGAUAUCGCUAAGCAUACAGAUCAAUUGACUUUCUGGGACGAUGUCUAUGGCUUCAAUAUGUCCUGCAUGAAAAAAGUGGUAAUGCCUGAAGCGGUUGUGGAAGUCUUAGAUUCGAGGACUCUCAUAUCUGAAGCUUGUAUCAUCAAGCGGAUAGACUGCCAAGUUGUCUCAGUUCCAGAAUUGGAAUUUUCAUCUGAUUUCAUUUUGACGGUCAGCAAGACUUCCAUGUGUACGGCAAUUGCUGGAUAUUUUGAUGUGCAUUUUGAGAAGAAUUGUAAGAAACAAAUCCUGCUUUCAACUAGUCCCUGUUGUACCAAGACACAUUGGAAACAAACAAUGUUUUUCCUGGAAAAACCAAUUUCUGUCAAAGAAGGUGAAGAACUGAAAGGAAGGAUAACGAUACACAGAAACCGAAAAGAUCUCCGUGCCCUCAUUGUAACACUUUCAGUUAAAAAUGUGAAACAAACAUAUAGUCUGCAGUGAACAUUGCUCCACAAUCAGCUUGAGAGGCUUAGUUUAAUUACCAGAUGCUUCUUUUUGAAGCAGAAAAAGCUGGAUAAAAUUUUAAGUUCAUUUGGUUCUACUUCCAAUAACUUUUGUUUUCCUGGACAUAUAGAUGAUCUUUUUUCCUGGACAUAUGAGACAACUGACUGUGCUUGGCAAUCAGCUCAUGCAGUCCUAAGAAAUUAUUUUCGAGCCAAAGUGGCACAGUGGUUAGAGUGCAGUACUUCAGGCUACUUCAGCUGACUGCUAGCUGCAGUUCAGCAGAUCGAAUCUCACUGGCUCAAGGUUGACUCAGCCUUCCAUCCUGCCGAGGUGGGUUAAAUGAGGAUCCAGAUUGUUGGGGGCAAUAUAUUGACUCUGUAAAUUGCUUAGAGAGGGCUGUAAAAGCACUAUGAAGCGGUAUGUAAGUCUAAGUGCUAUUGCUAUUUCACCUUGUGGGGGAAACUAUUACUACAGUAUUGAGAUUCUCAGUCAUCUUUGGGUUGUCCCAAAGUUGCCUUUUCAAUGGGCAACUGGACUUUCUGGUUUUUCUUUGAAGAUGUUUUGCUUCUCACCCAAGAAGCUUCAUCUUCAAAGAAAAACCAUAAAGUCCAGUUGCCUCUUGAAAAAGCACCUUUGGGACAUUAGUAGAGUAGCAAUCCUCUGCCCAAUCUCUGAAUGUUCUGUAAAUGUAAGAAUGCAUUGCCGUAGAAAUACAAUGCAGAUCUACAUCUAGAAAUGACAUUGCUUGUACAAUGAUUUUUUUUUGAAGAGUUCAUAUUAUUAGAUGGGAUCCAGAAUUUAUUUUUACAGGGAUGGAAUCUCCUGGAGUUUUCUUCACAGUAGGGGUAAGGCAAGCUUUGUCCGUCACCCCUGCAGGCAGCCUUAUUACCGAUUCCAUUCUUCCGGAGAGUCUUCAGAACAGAUUUCUGAGAAUCUUUAGGACUUCCUGGCAGUUGGAUUCCUCCUCUGGUUCAAAAUCUUUAACUUUGCAAGAAUCAAGAGUCUUUUAUGUCUGCAGGAAGCAAGGCCUACUUUCAACAUAAUCAUAAAAAUACUGAAGACAUGCAAAUAGAGCUAUGUGGAUACCAGACCAUUUGGAUUUGAUUAGCUUCAACGAUGCAUAGGCAAGAAUUAGGCUUUUGCACACAUUAUUUUUAUAAACAUAAUUUCAAAAUAAAUUCAUUUCUUGGUCUUUGGAUUUCAAAUGUACAUAUGAUAUUAUUAGAUUGUAAUAUCUUUCAAAUGUUAAAAAUGGAAUACAAAAAUUUGCUGUUAUUAAAAUCA